AUGUGUUCAGACGAAGCCAAAACCCUAGUCUCCACCAAACAGCCCUUCAUCGAAGUCGAACGGGAUCGCAGGGACUGCCCGGGGCAUUUUGGGUAUUUGGCACUUGCCCUCCCUGUUUACAAUGUUGGGUAUAUGGGCACUGUCGCGGAUAUUCUCAAGUGCAUCUGCAAGUCAUGCUCUGGUGUGCUUUUGAAGGAAGAAAUGCGGGUUGAGCUUUUGAGGAGGAUGAGAAAUCCCAAGCUGGGUCCUUUGAAGAAAACUGAGUUAGUGAAAAUGGUGGUGAAGAAGUGUACUGGUUUGGCUGCUAACAAUAGGCCAGUUGAGUGCUCCAAAUGUGGAUAUUUGAAUGGUUCUGUGAAGAAGGCUACCGGCAUGGUUGCUAUUAUUCAUGAUCGUUCUAAAUUUGGUGGUGUUAUGGAUGAGUUGAGGCCAGAGAACCUCUUGAUCAUGAACAUUCCCGUGCCUCCUACUGCGAUUCGUCCUUCAGUUUUGGUGGAUGAAUCACGGACAAAUGAAAAUGACAUUACAGAGAGGUUAAAGAACAUUGUUCAAGCAAAUGCUCGUCUUCGACACGAUUUAACACAAGAUUUACCACCAGCUUAUGCAGGCGGGUUUAAGCAUAGUUGGGAUGCACUUCAAGUUGAGCGGAUCAAAGGGAAGCAGGGGCGUUUUCGUGGGAAUUUAUCUGCCAAGCGGGUUGAAUAUACUGGCAGAAGUGUUAUAUCACCUGACCCUAAUCUGAAAAUUAAUGAGGUUGGGCUCCCUAUCCAAAUGGCUCAAAUCUUAACCUACCCUGAACGGUUUCCCGUCAUAAUAUUGAGAAGUUGA